GCCAGUAGCUCUGGCAGCAGCAGCUACCUCCCUUCUCACUCUCCCUUCUCCCUCCCUCCAUCUCCCUUCCAGCCGCAGCAGCAGCCGCAGGACCCAGGGCUGGUGCGAUUCGCCAUUGGAUUAAAAUAGCAUCAUCUGCCUGCCCUCUAUCGCCUGGGCCGCAGGGCACGGAGUCACAGCAUUGUUUGGGAGCAGCAGGAAUGUGAAGAUGGCUGCAGAUCUGGGAGAACUGAUUGUCCCUUACAUGCCCACCAUCAGAGUGCCCAAGUCAGGGGACAGGGUCUACAAGACGGAGUGCGCUUUCUCCUAUGAAUCCCCAGUGUCUGAAGGAGGUCUGUAUGUUUGCAUGAACACCUUCCUGGGCUUUGGCAGAGAACAUGUGGAACGGCAUUAUAGGAAAACAGGACAAUGCGUUUACAUGCAUUUAAAGCGUCACAUUAGACAGAAAGCAACGGGAGCAUCUGGUGGAGCCCAUCCAAGACGUAUAAAUGGCAAAAUAUUUUUAGAUCUAGAUUGCACUGACCCGAAUAAUGAAGACUACGAAUAUGAAGAUGAAGCUAAACUUGUUAUAUUUCCUGAUCACUUUGAAAUUCCUCUGCCUAACAUAGAAGAGCUCCCAGCACUGGUAACAAUAGCCUGUGAUGCUGUUCUCAAUUCAAAGUCUCCAUACAGACAGCUCGAUCAAGAGUCAUGGGAGGAAGAACUUCAAGUUUCAAAAUUUGCCAAUAACCUUGUACAAAUUGACAAUGGAGUAAGAAUUCCACCAAAUGGCUGGAAGUGUGCAAAGUGUGAUCUCAGAGAAAACCUGUGGCUGAAUCUGACAGAUGGAUCCAUCAUGUGUGGGAAGUGGUUCUGCUCGGGGAGCGGGGGCAAUGGUCACGCUCUGGAGCACCACAAACAGAUGGGGUAUCCAUUGGCAGUAAAACUUGGCACCAUCACACCUGAUGGAGCAGUUGUGUAUUCAUUUGAUGAGGAGGAAGCUGUUCUUGAUCCCCAUCUUGCCAAACACCUUGCUCAUUUUGGUAUUGAUAUGUUACAGAUGCAAGGGAAUGGAAAUAGAGUUUUGGAUAAUGAAGUCAAACCAAGGUUUAAUGAGUGGGAGCUUAUUCAAGAAACUGGCCUGAAGCUAAAACCAAUGUUUGGCUCUGGCUUCACUGGGAUUAAGAACCAGGGAAACAACUCCUACCUCAGCACAGUAAUGCAAGUCAUCUUCAGCAUCCCGGAAUUUCAGAGAGCCUAUGUAGGAAACCUUACUCGAAUAUUUGACUAUGCUCCUCUCGACCCAACGCAGGAUUUCAACACACAAAUGGCUAAACUUGGAUAUGCCUUACUUUCUGGCCAGUUUGCCAAACCACCAGUGAAAUGUGAGCUGAUAGAACAGGUCGUAAAAGAAGAACAAAAGCCACAACCAAAAGGAAUUACAACCCAAAUGUUCAAAGCCUUGGUCAGUAAAGGCCACCCAGAAUUCUCAUCCAACAGACAGCAAGAUGCCCAAGAAUUUUUCUUGCACAUCAUUAAUUUAAUUGAGAGAAACAGCAUUGGCUCAGAAAACCCCAGUGAUGUAUUUAGGUUUCUAGUGGAAGAGCGGACACAGUGCUGUCAAUCUAGAAAAGUUCGGUACACACAGAGAGUCGACUAUCUCAUGCAGCUGCCGGUGGCCAUGGAAGCUGCUACUAAUAAAGAUGAAUUGAUUGCUUAUGAACUGAAAAAGAGGGAAGCAGAGACUGCCAAGAGACCUGCUCCAGAGCUAGUUCGUGCCAAAGUCCCAUUCAGUGCCUGUCUACAGGCCUUCUCCGAGCCUGAGAAUGUGAAAGAUUUCUGGAGCAGCGCUCUUCAAGCCAAAUCUGCUGGUAUUAAGACAUCUAAUUUUGCUUCAUUCCCUGAGUAUUUGGUAGUCCAGCUAAAGAAGUUUACAUUUGGCCUUGACUGGGUGCCCAAAAAACUCGAUGUAACUGUGGACAUGCCAGAUCUUCUCGACAUUAACCACCUCCGAGCAACUGGGCUCCAAGCUGGGGAAGAAGAGCUUCCAGACAUUACACCUCCAAUAGUCAUUCCUGACGACCCCAAAGAUCGCUUUAGAAACCACUACAUGGAGCCUCCUGAUAUAGAUGAGUCUUCGGUGAUGCAGCUGGCAGAGAUGGGCUUUCCUCUAGAGGCUUGUCGGAAGGCUGUCUACUACACGGGGAAUCUGGGAGCAGAAGUGGCCUUUAACUGGAUAAUUGCACAUAUGGAGGAACCUGAUUUUGCAGAACCAUUAAACAUCCCAGGGUUUGCUGCUGCGGCAUCCAUUUCUUCUUACGGGCAGAACGUGCUUCUGAAUCAGCCUCCAGAAGAGAUUGUAGCACUUAUCUCGUCUAUGGGAUUUCAGCGAAACCAAGCAAUCCAUGCACUGAGGGCAACAAAUAAUAAUUUGGAGCGAGCACUAGAUUGGAUUUUUUCACACCCUGAAUGUGAAGAUGAGUAUGGGAACUCCUCAGAAUCUGUUGAUGCCGACAAUAACCAGAAUGGCAUAAUUACCCAAAAUGAAGAUGAAGGACCUCGAAUAAAAGAUGGAAACGGAAGAUAUGAACUCUUUGGCUUUAUUAGUCAUGCGGGAACAUCCACAAUGUCUGGACAUUACGUCUGUCAUAUCAAAAAGGAAGGAAGAUGGGUGAUUUAUAACGACCAUAAAGUUUCCGCUUCAGAACGACCACCAAAGGACUUGGGCUACAUUUAUUUCUAUCGCAGAAUAUAAGUGAGGCCUUUAUAAAGCCAUAUCAUUUUUUUUAAAA